GGGAACAGACCUCCAGCCCGCGGAACACUCCUCCAGCCCGGGGAACAGACCUCCAGCCCGCGGAACACUCCUCCAGCCCGGGUCCAGUUCCACCUGGUGGGGCUAACUGCCGUUAAAUCACCGGUAUGUGUGAGAGCAGAGCGGUGCCCAGCGGGAAGGUUUACCGGCAGCUGUUUGACGCUCAGGUCCAGCUGUCCAGAUCUCUGCUGGCUGGACGCAAAGACACAAGGACAGACUGUCUGUCUGCGGAGGACAGCGUCACACACUGCAGCACGACCAGCAGGUUGUUGUGUCCUCCCUCCAGCAGGGGGCAGCAGGUGGAUGAUGAUGAUGACGUUGAUGAUGUCAGCAGACUUCCUGACUCUGUGGUGGUCGAUCAGCCGAGCUCUGACAUCAUCGAACGACUGACGGAGAGAAAAAACAAAAAACACAAAGAAGCUCUGAAACAGCUGGAGACAGAACUCACACACCUGUCACAGGAGUGUGAGUCUCAGGCGAGGACCAUCAGUGUGGAGCUGCUGUCCUCUCUGCAGGACGUGGACCUCAGACUGAACAACCUGAAGGACAGAAUGGAACACCUGGAUCACCUCAGCGUGCAGGAGGUGUGUGUUCUCUGGGAGGAGGUGGAGGAGGAGGUGAAGAUGAAGAAGAUCAGAAUCAUGGAGCUGAACCACAAACUGAUUGAAUCAGAGACUCAGCGAGCUGCCGAGAUUAAAGUUGUGCUCAGGACGUUCCUCCACCUGCUGCAGAAGAUCAACUUCCUGUCUCCACCUGACGUCUGCAGACUGGUUCAUGCCGAGGCCACGAUGUUGAAUCAGUCUCUCCUGGCGAACCGUCGCAGCGUGGCUCGUCUGCUGCUACUCCUUCAGGAGGAGAACCUGCAGCAGGAGUCACUCCUCCGCCUGCACUGGGAGGACUGUCUGAGCCGCUGGAGGAGGAGUCGGGUCACCGAGGUUAUAGACCGCUUCAGGAGGCUCUGCUGCAGUGACGAGGAGCAGCAGCUGGUCUCAGGUCAGCUGGACUCAGGUCAGCUGGACUCAGGUCAGCUGGUCUCAGGUCAGCUGGACUCAGGUCAGCUGGUCUCAGGUCAGCUGGUCUCAGGUCAGCUGGUGAUGCAAGACCUGACAGGACAACGUGAUGACAUCAUCUCUAAGAUCAGCUCUCUGGUCCCGCCCUCCACUGCUCUGGUCUCUGAUUGGUCCAACCAGCUGACAGCCGUCAAUCAACAGAUCGACAGUCUCCACACUGACUUCCUCCAUCAGCUGCGGUGCUGCUAUGAACAGAAGUGGCAGGAUCGCCUGGCUGAGGUGGAGCGCUGUAAGGAGGCGCUUUCUGCUCUGCAGCUGGCUGAGGAGGAGGUGAACAACAUCGUCAGCUCUCAGCUCCUCAUUCUGAUUGGACAACACCAGAGACAAGAUGAAGAGCGAUUGGCUGCUUUAGAUCUGUGCUGUGACUCUGUGGCUCGUCACGCCUUCAGUAUCAGCAGGCGUGUGUUUGUUGUGAUGCAAGGAGCAGCGUUGCAAUGGGAGACACACAACCACAGGUUAGAGAGGAAGAAGGAAGACCUACAACAACACCUGGACGACCUCAGACACACACAGCAGCAACACAUACAGAGGAAGAAGGUGCAUCUGGACGACCUGCUGAGACGACUCCGGCAGGAGGGCAGUGAGGAGGCUCUGAAGAGGUCUCUGGACAAAACUGUCCACUACCUGCAAGAUGUCAAAUCCAGCUGUGGACAGUGUGUCUCUGAUCAGUGGGAGGUGUUGAGUCGUCUCCCCUCAGUCCUCCUGGAGGAGCUCCUCUCCUACAGCAGCAGCCUCAGCUCUUUCUUCCACCUCGACCACACCUACAAACCGAGUCCAGAAGAAUUGCAGAAGCUCCACCCAUCAUCCGCCCCCUCCACCCAGUCAGAAACCAGUGGUGGAGCUGAAACACAGAAACCAGAGGAGACGACACAGAGUCAUCCAAUCAGAUGUCAGAAUGACACUGACCCCGCCCAGCCCUCUCAGGAUUGGCUGACUGAGGCGGAGUCCUCUCUCCUGGAUCUCUGUGACACCAGCAGUGAUGUCACAUUUACAUCACCCAGUGGUGUGACCUAUAGUGGCCCCACCUUCAGAUGCCCCACCCUCAACCUGCAGCAGAAAACUCACCUGAGUCUUUUUCCUGUGGAGCUGCUCACAGACAACCUGAACAGGAUGAGGACUCUGUUCUUUGAUCACCUGGAACAGCGUUUCCAUGAUGUACUCAGCUGGGGUGUUGCCACGGUUACAGACAGGAAGGAGGUGGUGCGUUUGGAGCAGGAGGUCCAACUGCAGCAGCUGAACCCCAAACACAUCGAGAACCACAUAUACCAACAACGACUGGCUGAGCUGCAGCUCCACAGGCAGCAGGUGGACACUCACUGUGAGGAGGUGUCAGCUGUGUUGGACUCCUGCAGGGAGGAGCUGCGAGAGCUGCAGACCUCCGUCAGCAGGAGGAACCAGGAGUUCAUCGUCAGUCUAUCCAACAUGGAGGAGGAUGACCAGUCAGCUGACAGCCGUCAAUGGCUGGAGGCUGUUAGCUCUGCCCUGCAGGACUGUCUGGAUCAACAUAUUAAAGACACCCAGCAGAUUCAGACAUACUUCAGACGGCACGUCCAGCUCAGACUGCAGGAGGUCAGAAACAAAACGACACACCUCCUCACCUCCUUCAGGCUGUUCAGUGAAGGAGGAGACUUUGCUCCUCAGGAGGUGAAGCAGUUCCAGAGGAAGCUGAAGGAGGAGACCAGACAGAUUAGGGUGACAGAGGAGUCCAUCUUCUCUGAGCUGGAGCUGUUUGAGUCUCAGAGUUUACAGCAGGUGAAGGAGGCAUCUGGACGGAUGGAGGAGAAACUGUGCCUGCUCAGGUCUGAGCUGGAGUUCACAGAGGAGAUCCAGAAGAUCAGCAGCAGCAUACGAGUUCAAAUCAAGGCACAGGCAGCCUGCAGUAACCUGCAGCAGGAGGCCAUCACCAGCAGACUGGAGGAACUGAGGAAGAUGAUGGAGGACACACAGGUGUGUACAGGUCAGGUGUGUCGUCUCCUGUCCUCAGUCAGUGAAGACCUCAGGAGGCGGAGUCAGUAUCUGGACAUCUCAUUGGAGUCCACCCUGCAGGAACGUCGCUCAGCUUGUCAUAAAUCCAGGACGCAGAUCCGCUCCGCCCUUCCUCAGACGAGCGGGACGGCUGUGGACAUCCUUGACGACCCUUUGGUGGACGUUGUCAAGUCUCUGAGCUGGUUGAGUCUGAUCCAGGAUCCAGAGGGAGCAGAGAGAGCGCCAGCUGCUGGUCAGAGUCCAACUGUCCCACAUGUCCAACAGAGAGGGACAGAGUCUGUCAACACACUGAGUGUGAAGAGGAGCUGCAGGUCAGCCAGGUCUAACAGGAGGUUCCAGGUGUUUGGAGUAGAACCAGAGAAGAACCCACACUCCCUCAGCUCCACCCUGAACUCUGUGUUGUGGAAAGCCAGUGAUGUCCUCCUGCAGGUUGCCAAGGACUUCUACCGCUGCGAUCGUUGUGGUCUCAGCAAAUUCUUCCUGGUUCCUGACAGUUUGGACCAAUGGGCUGACAGCAUGCAGCAGAGGCUGCUGGGAUUCCAGGAACAGACCAGGAAGUUUCUGAGCACAAGCAGAGAGGAGUUGGAGACUCAGCUGUCCAUGUUCGAGGAGCUGCUUCACUCCUUACCUGCAGUUUUGAUCAGUAACCAUGAGCGACAGCAGGGGGCGGGGCUUACAGAGGAGGUGGGCAGAGUCAGACUGAAGAUGGAGGAGAUGCUGGCGUCCAGCGAGGAGCAGAAGCGUGUGAAUAUCCAUCAGCUCAGAGUGUCUCUCAGAAAUGACAGGUUUCAGAGUCUGAACAGCAGAGAGGAGUUAAGACAGCAGCAGCUGCACAGUGCCGUCUGCAGCACACACCAGGAACUACAGGUGUGUGUGCGAGCCAGAGGGGAGGAGUUUGUCACAUCAUUGGCGUCUCUCACAGAGCAGCUGCUCUCUCAGCUCGACCUCCUGGUCACACCUGAAGAAACGGAGGCACACAAGCACCAAGACACCGCUGUUACCAUUGAGACGGGAGCUGAAACAGGACGGAAACCCUGCACGGUCAGCAGGACCUGGCCUGGUAUCCCGUACCUGUUGCCAUCCAGUGUUACCAUGGCAACAACAGCAUCCAUCACCACGACCAGGUGCACCCUGGGACAUCUGGCUGUUAUUGAGCAGAGAGACGCUGCUGUGAAGCGGUUCGAGCAGAUGGUCAGGUCGGAGUUGUCUCGUUCAGAUGACGACAAACGAAGACGACUGAGUGAAAUACACACCUGGAACACACACUGGAGACAGCAGAUACAUACUCUGACACACACACACUAACACACACACUAACACACUGACACACACGCUGUGUAAGCUGAAGUGUGAUGGCAGCAGCUGAUUGGCUGUUUGCAUUGUAGAUUCUGAUGUCAUCAGCUGUGUUGAUGUUUGUUAAUAAACAGCAGAA